UCUCUCUCUCUCUCUCUCGUCUUCUUCUCUCGUCGUCGUCGUCGGCCUCAUUCCUUCCUCCUUCAUUCGGUUCCACUCCCACCUCUCCUGGGUAGUCUACUACUUGUCCAUUUCCAUGGCGCGGUCAACCCCGCAGCACUGACCUGGACCGUUCCACCAAUCGUGCGUGGCCAUGCCAAAGAUCAUGCUGCUCCUGCUGCUGGUCUGCUGGACACAGGCGCAGCCGGCGGCGGAGGAGACUCCGCCUGGGGCGGGCGUGAAGGUGUCGUUCCGGCCGAGCGUGGCCAUCGUGGUGGGCAUCUUCACCAUGAUCUUCUCCCUCACCUUCCUCCUCCUCAUGUACGCCAAGUUCUGCCACCCCGCCAACACGCCCCUCCUCCCCGCCACCACCACCGCCAGCCCCUCCCGCGCGCCCGCCCCCGACGCCUUGAUCGAGUCGGAGGCCAGCGCCGGCGUGGGCAAGGCGGUCAUCGAGUCGCUGCCCUUCUUCCGGUUCGCGGCGCUGCGCGGGGCGCGGCAGGGUCUGGAGUGCGCCGUGUGCCUGGCCCGCUUCGACGACGCCGACCUGCUCCGCCUGCUCCCCCGCUGCCGCCACGCCUUCCACCUCGACUGCGUCGAUCGCUGGCUGCACUCCAGCGCCAGCUGCCCGCUCUGCCGCGCCCGCGUGCACCCCGACGACGCCGACCUCGGACUCAAGUACGCCGCAGCCAGCGCGCGCUUUGUCUUCGGCGCAGGCGACGACGCAGCCGCCGUCGCUGCCGGCCCUGACCUCCUCGCCGGCAUCUUCGUCGAGCGCGUGCCGUCGGCGCGCUUCGGCGGCAUAGGAGACGCUGGCGCCGGUGAUGAUGCUGGUGCUCCCGAUGAUUCGUGUAAGCUGGACCGGCACCGGCACCGCAUCGUGGUGUCGGACAGCGUGUUCAAGAGCCGGUGGAGCGACCUCAACUCGGCGGACCUCAUCGCGCUGGACACCGAGAUGCUGCGCUCCGUCUCCAGCGGGCGCUUCCCCUACCCGUAUCCCGACGACGACAUUAUCUUGGUGGGAGAGGAGCAGGAGCACGACCGAGACGAUCACGACGGCGCCCGCAUGUCCAUUGAGAUUCAGAAGAAGCGGCUGCUGGAGGUGGAGAGCGGGAGCGGCAGCAAGGGGUUGGGACUGGGAGGGUGCGGCGGGUCGGAGGCGGCGGCGUCGAGGCUGGUGUCGUCGGGCGUGCGGUCCAUGUCGGAGAUCGUGCGGCUGCCUCGGGUGGCGGUAAGGGCGACGGAGGAGGAGGAGAGGGCGCGGCAGCGGUGGGUGCCCAUCGCGCGGCGGACGGCGCGGUGGUUCGCCGCGAGGAGCAGGGAGGAGGACCGCCUCCGUGUGUAAUGUAAUGUGAAGAAAUUAAAAGAUUAAAUCAAUCAAUCAAUCAAUCAAUGAGUGAGUCAAAGAUUAAAUCAACCCAAUCCAGUGCUCAAGCUAGGCAAGCAGAUGACAAAAACGGUGAUCUCAUCUUGCACCUCAACCUCAAGCCAUGUAUUGACUACUUGUAUGUAUGUAUGUAUGUACAAUACAAUUGUGCAUAUAUAGGCUAGCAAGAAGCA